AUGGCCCUUCGAUUCUACUUUACCUCGCUCAUUUCUGACAAUAUGGCCAAGCUGAGAGAAAACCAGACAGCUGCAGCCAAUCAGAACGUACUCAUCCUGACUUCAGAAAGUCAGCAGCUGCAGAUGGAGAAGAGCGCCUUAGAGAGACAAGUGGAGAAGCUGAGGAGAGAGAGGACUGAGCUCAGCUUGACUUGGUCACAGAGGAUCCUUGAUGCCUACUGCCCCAAAACAGGAGACAAGCAAGAGAGACGGUGUAAUCCUUGUCAGAAGGGCUGGCUUCUCUCCCCAUCCAAGUCCAGCUGUUAUCUGGUUGUACACGGUACAUAUCGUGACUGGAAAACCUGGGAAGAAGCUGCAGAGGACUGCAGGCAGAGGAAUGCAGAUUUGGUUGUGAUAGAAAAUCGUCAGGAGCAGGAAUUCAUCUGUAAAGUCAGUGAAAGGAGUUUGUACGGCUACUGGAUUGGCUUGAGAAGAACAAGUGGUGUCUGGAAGUGGGUCGAUGGAAGUGAUCUGACUGAAAGCUAUUGGAUAUACCAACCUUAUGACAACAAGGACUGUGCAGCUUCUGUCCAGGAGAGCUCACCUAAGGGAUUGAUAGCUGGGAACUGUGCUGACAAAAACCAAUGGAUCUGUGAAAUGAAGGCUUUGUCUGUUUAG